GACGAAGUCAUCUCCUGCCCUAGAGCUACGAGAUGGGGCCGCGGGGCAAAGCCCCAGCCAAAGGCAAGGGCCGAGGCCACCGCAAGGAGAAGCUGGAGGACAUGAAGAAGGAAAUGGACGUGGAUGACCACAAGCUGGACACCAACGACCUGGAGAGCAAAUACAGCACCAGUGUCACCAAGGGCCUUAUGGAGGCCGUAGCGGCCGAGAGGCUCCUUCGGGACGGUCCCAACGAGCUCCGCCCCCCUCGGGGCACCCCGGAAUGCGUCAAGUUUGGGCGUCAACUGGCGGGGGGUCUCCAGUGCCUCAUGUGGGUGGCGGCCGCCAUUUGCCUCAUCGCUUAUGGGGUGCAAGAGGGCGAAGGCGACCGCGGCAGCUCCGACAACCUCUACUUGGCCAUCGCCCUCAUCGCCGUCGUGGUGGUCACCGGGUGCUUCGGUUACUACCAGGAGUUCAAGAGCACCAACAUCAUCGCCAGCUUCAAGAACCUGGUGCCUCAGCAAGCCACGGUGAUCCGAGAGGGGGAGAAGGUCCAGGUGAACGCCAACGAGCUGGUGGUUGGGGACCUGGUGGAGAUCAAGGGGGGGGACCGCGUCCCGGCCGACAUCCGCAUCAUCUCGGCCCAGGGCUGCAAGGUGGACAACUCAUCCCUGACCGGCGAGUCGGAGCCUCAGACGCGGUCACCCGAGUGCACCCAUGAGUCCCCCCUGGAGACCCGGAACAUCGCCUUCUUCUCCACCAUGUGCUUGGAAGGCACGGCCAUGGGUCUGGUGAUCAACACCGGGGACCGGACCAUCAUUGGCCGCAUCGCCAGCCUGGCCUCGGGGGUGGAGAACGAGAAGACCCCCAUAGCCAUCGAGAUCGAGCACUUUGUGGACAUCAUCGCCGGCCUCGCCAUCUUCUUCGGGGCCACCUUCUUCGUGGUGGCCAUGGUCAUCGGCUACCCCUUCCUGCGCGCCAUGGUCUUCUUCAUGGCCAUCGUGGUGGCCUACGUGCCCGAGGGGCUGCUGGCCACCGUCACGGUGUGCCUCUCAUUGACGGCCAAGCGCCUGGCGCGCAAGAACUGCGUGGUGAAGAACCUGGAGGCGGUGGAGACCUUGGGCUCCACGUCCACCAUCUGCUCCGACAAGACCGGGACCCUCACCCAGAACCGCAUGACCGUGGCCCACCUCUGGUUCGACAACCACAUCCACACCGCCGACACCACCGAGGACCAAUCCGGUGCAGCUUUCGACCAGUCCUCAGAGACCUGGACCAUGCUGAGCCGCAUCAUCGCCCUCUGCAAUAGGGCCCAGUUCAAGCCAGGCCAGGACAACGUCCCUAUAGCCAAGCGUGACGUCAUCGGUGACGCGUCGGAGACGGCGCUGCUGAAGUUCGCGGAGGUGACGUUGGGGCCGGUGGCGGCGUUGAGGGCCCGGUUCCCAAAGGUGGUGGAGCUGCCCUUUAACUCCAGCAACAAGUUCCAGCACCCCAUUGGCACCCAUAGGUGUCGUCACGAGGCCGGGGAGCGGCAGGUGCUGGUGUUGAAGGGUGCCCCCGAGCGGGUCCUGGAGCGCUGCAGCCACGUCCUGCUCAAGGGCCAGGAGCUGCCCCUGGGUCCCCAAUGGAGGGAGGCCUUCGAGGGGGCCUACGCGGAGCUGGGGGGGCGCGGAGAGAGGGUCCUGGGGUUCUGUUCCCGCUGGCUCCCCGCCGGCUCUGUGCCUCCGGAUGGGGACCCCGAGGAGCUCCCGGCCUUGGCCUCCGGGCUCUGCUUCAGCGGCCUCGUGGCCAUGAUCGACCCCCCCCGGGCCACCGUGCCCCAGGCCGUGCUCAAGUGCCGGACGGCGGGGAUCAGGGUGAUCAUGGUGACCGGGGACCACCCCAUCACGGCCAAGGCCAUCGCGGCCGCUGUGGGCAUCAUCUCCGAGGGCAGCGAGACCCCCGAGGAGGUGGCGGCGAGGCUGAGGGUGCCCUUGGAGCGUGUGGACCCCAGGCAAGCCCGGGCUCGGGUGGUGACGGGGGCCGAGCUGGCGGCCAUGACACCGGAAGCCCUCGAGGGUCUCCUCCGGACCCACCCCGAGAUGGUUUUUGCCCGCACGUCCCCACAGCAGAAGCUGGUGAUAGUGGAGAGCUGCCAGCGGCUGGGCGCCAUCGUGGCGGUGACGGGCGACGGCGUCAACGAUUCGCCGGCGUUGAAGAAGGCCGACAUCGGCGUGGCCAUGGGCAUCGCCGGCUCCGACGCCGCCAAGAACGCCGCCGACAUGAUCCUAUUGGACGACAACUUCGCCUCCAUCGUCACCGGCGUCGAGCAGGGCCGCCUGAUCUUCGACAACCUCAAGAAGUCCAUUGCCUACACCUUGACCAAGAACAUCCCCGAGCUGACCCCUUACCUCAUCUACAUCACGGCCAGCAUCCCCCUGCCCCUCGGCUGCAUCACCAUCCUCUUCAUCGAGCUCUGCACCGACAUCUUCCCCUCCGUGUCCUUGGCCUAUGAGAGGGCCGAGAGCGACAUCAUGCACCUGAGGCCCCGCAACCCCCGGCGCGACCGAUUGGUCAACGAGCCCCUGGCUGCUUACUCCUACUUCCAGAUAGGCGCCAUCCAAUCCUUCGCGGGUUUCACCGAUUACUUCGUGGCGAUGGCGCAGGAGGGGUGGGAGCCGCUGCUCUGCCUCGGCCUCCGCCCGCGCUGGGAGGAUCCCCACAACCAGGAGCUGCAGGACAGCUACGGCCAGCAAUGGACGUUCGAGCAGCGCCGGUACCAGCAGUACACGUGCUACACCGUGUUCUUCAUCAGCAUCGAGAUGUGUCAGAUCGCCGACGUGCUCAUCCGCAAGACCCGUCGCCUCUCGCUCUUCCAACAGGGGCUCUUCCGGAACCGCAUCCUGGUGCUGGCCAUCGUGUUCCAGGUUUCCAUUGGCUGCUUCCUGUGCUACUGCCCCGGGAUGCCCAACGUCUUCAACUUCAUGCCCAUCCGCUUCCAAUGGUGGCUCGUCCCGAUGCCCUAUGGGCUCCUCAUCCUGGUCUACGACGAGAUCCGCAAGCUGGGGGUGCGCCGGCACCCGGGCAGCUGGUGGGACCGAGAGCUCUACUACUGACCUGGGGCACCCCAUGGACACCCCCCCCC